AUGACCGACAAUAAAUCUUGUUUGUGUCGUCGCAUAUUUCAUCCAAUAGCCAAGGAGUUUCAAAAAGAGAAAUUCAGUUUAAAUCAUAAGCCGGCAGAUGAUUUUCUCAAGUCCCAGUGGCAAACCUCCCAAAAAUCCUAUUUAUGGCUGUUAUACAGGUGGGGUCUAGCGUUGUGUUUUAGUGUUGGUGUAUUGGGUAGUUUAAUACAGCAAUGGGCCGAUGGUAAAUGGUUUAUUUAUCUGACCGAUUGGGGUUUUUUGCUGUGUAUGUAUAUCAGUUGGUUCAGUGCUAUAUUGGUGACCAUAUAUCAUUUUCAUCCCAGGUAUUUUGAUAAUCGAACUAAGGUUUUGAAAUUUUAUUGGUGUUCCCAUUGGUGUGUUUUGGUUGUGGCAACGGUAAUCACAUUUAUGUAUUGGUUGUUUAUUUAUCCCACGGACAAUGCCAAUGCCUCGGAUUUGUAUAAUUUAUGGGCCCAUGGUUUUAAUUCAAUAUUGAUGGUCUUGGAUCACAUGCUGGUUGCAUUCCCCACCCGCCUAAUGCAUUUUGUAUAUCCUCUGAUAUUGGGUUUAAUUUAUGCCAUAUUUUCAUUGAUUUAUUACUUCGCGGGAGGCGUGGAUCCGUAA